AUGCGGCUGGUCCUCGUGAUUUUACUAGCGCAUUCUGUAUCUACCUCCUACUCGGAUAACUGUACCCUCUUUGAUCUGCAUCUUGAUGAGGACGGCUCCGACAUCAUCCUCGAGCAGCUCAUACCGGAUUGCCAAAAACGAAACGAGCUGAACGGGGAGUACGCGAAGGCGGUCGCGCAAGGAAAUUUCUACUGCGGGACCGACGAGAAGAUGCUGCUGACGUGGACGACCCACGUGGCCCGGGCGCUUAUGUGGGCAUCGUGUGGUAGUAUUAAAGACCGCUUCAAUCGCAUCUGCUUCAUCCACGACGUCUGCUACGAGGCCAGGAGCCCGGAGACGGCCGCAGAGCAGAAACGCCACUGUGAUGAUAGUUUUUGCGACUUGAUGAGCACCGCCGUCAGCCAUGCGCACUGGUGGCAGAAGCCGACCUGCUGGCUUGUUCAGAAGACUUUCUGCGCUGCCGUCAAGGCAAUCCCCUACGAUCGUCUCCCCUCGCUGGCCCACUACAUCAUGGAGCGCCGAAAAAUCAAGGCCAAACCUCUC